AGAUGUUGACUACCAGACUGGACCAUCAUAUGGGGAAGUGUCAAAACAACCUAGCAGCAUCUGGGAGGGAGGGCGCCUGUAGGCUUUUACGCACAACGCCCGUCUGCAUGCAACUGUGUUUUUACCAUAUAAUAAGGGAUUGUUUCCUCCCUGAGUGAAGCCUAACUCUCCCCUGUCAUGGCUUUCGCGAUGCUGAGGCCGGUGUCGACGCAUCCCUUCUCUUACCCCGCUGACCUGACCGUGAUGUCGGACGACGAGGAGGGGAACCGCAGCGAGAGCGACGGCAGCACCGACCAGGGCUACGGCUGCUGCGGGACGCCGGCGGAGAAUUGCCGCCGGAUGCCCCACGGGGUGGUCCGGCAGCGGAACGCCGCCAACGCCCGGGAGAGGGACCGGACCCAGAACGUGAACACGGCCUUCACGGCGCUGCGGACGCUCAUCCCGACGGAGCCGGUGGACAGAAAGCUCUCCAAAAUCGAGACGCUGCGCCUGGCGUCCAGCUACAUUUCGCACUUGGCCAACGUGCUGGUGGUGGGAGACGGCAGGGAGGACGGCCAGCCCUGCCUCACCGCCGUCUACAAGGAGGUGCAGGGAGGCGGAGGAGGCAAGCAACCCAGAACCAUCUGCACCUUCUGCCUGAGCAACCAGCGGAAAGGGGUGAAGGACAGACGAGACUGCGUGAAAAUGCACGGAGGAGGCACGCUGAGAGUGAGUCGGAGAUGAAAACUGUCUGGCCUGGAGUAAACCUUGACUCUCCUCCAGGAGCAAACGUCAGCUGACACUCUCCUGCUUUUCUAGAAGCGUCUCAGCGCCGUGAUGUUCUUAAAGGACUAUCCUGACCGCCAGUCCUCCUGUCGAGUCUCUGCGUGAGGUGACCAGCGGGCCACGCGUCCACAAAGUCGGCGUAGUCCUUUAAGACGAAACUAAAGCGAUCUUAAAACUAAGACGCUUGGCCUAGAGACAGACUGCUGCAUCAGACCGGUCCCAGGUUUCAUGCAUGAGAGGAAAGACUGAUAAUCCUAAUUUUGUGAUGUACUUUACGCAACGGGACACAUCAGAGAGACACUGUUUCACACAGAGACUGUAGCUGGUUGCUUUUUCAUUACAUGUUAUAUUCUACUCUGAAAUUAAAUCUAUUUUUACAUAGA